AUGUCAAGCACUCAAGAUGUCUCCAAAACUCCACCCUCUUCUAACAAGAGAGCAGUGUCAACUCAAGGUUCAGUUGAUAUAUAUGCGGCGCAGUGCAAAAGUUGCAUGAAAUGGAGAGUGAUUGAUACGCAGGAGGAGUUUGAAGAGAUCCGACAUAAAAUCAUUCGAGAGCCUUUUGAUUGUAGCAGAAAGGCUAAUUGUAGCUGUGAUGAUCCUGCUGAUAUUGAAUAUGAUUCUACUCGGACAUGGGUCAUUGACAAGCCUAAUCUUCCAAAGACUCCACAAGGUUUCAAGAGAACCUUGGUGCUGAGGAAAGAUUACUCUAAAUUGGACUCGUACUACAUCACACCUACAGGUAAAAAACUGAGAACCCGCAAUGAGAUAGCAGCAUAUCUGAAAGACCAUCCAGAACUAACUGGUGUAUCUGCUUCAGAUUUCGAUUUUUCUUCCCCAAAGAUAAUGCAAGACACUAUCCCGGAAUAUAUUGAGCAGAAGGAUUCUGCUAACAAAAAAGCUAAGAUAACUUAA